AUGUAUCAAAACUACCAAGAUGCAAUGGCUAUUGUAACAAAAUAUGGUAAACCUGACAUCUUCCUAACCAUGACUGCAAAUCCAAACUGGCCUGAGGUGAGAGAAAAUCUCCUUUCACACCAAACAGGCAAUGACAGGCCAGAUGUUAUCAGUCGUGUCUUUCACCUGAAACUCAAGGAACUUUUAUGUGAUCUUCUUCGAAGGAAUGUUUUGGGAAACGUGGUUGCAUAUGUUUAUACAAUUGAGUUUCAGAAAAGAGGCUUGCCACAUGUACACAUGGUUCUCUUUCUCUCAGAUGCUGAUAAACCACAUGCAGCAGAAGAUGUUGAUAGGUUAGUAUCUGCAGAGAUUCCAGAUCCAGAACAAUUCCCAGAUUUCCAUGAAGUGGUUAAGAAACACAUGAUCCAUGGACCUUGUGGUGAACUGGAUCCACACUGUGUUUGCAUGCAAAAUGGGGAAUGCAAGAAGAACUUUCCAAAAGCAUUAGCACAGGAAACAAUGUUUGAGGUUCGUGGGUACCCUGAGUACCGACGACGAGGUAAAUGA